CUUUGGUCUAGAAAUGAAUGAAUCCAAAUCACACUGGACCCCAGAUUGCUACAAAAUCUAGUCUGCAUUAAAAUUUAGAUUUGGUUGUCAUUUCAGGAUUCCCGGUCACUGGCAAUGCUAGUCGGUACAGUUGCCUCAUUUGCCUAGCAAGAGCUACUGGUUAUCAUUUUGAAGCGCAGUCAUGCGCUGCGUGCGCUGCAUUCUUCCGUCGUGCCAUCGUGCAUCGAAAAGUGUUCAUUUGCAAAACUGGCAUGAAUAAUUGUGCCGUCCAUUACUCCACACGUCAAGUGUGUCAAGCGUGCCGUCUACGAAAAUGUUAUUUAGUGGGUAUGAAAAAAAUUCUGUUCAGCCGAAAAAAUCGGAAAUAGAAUAUCAUCGCUUGUUCGCCACAAAAUCGGGCCUCAAAAGAAACAAACGAUUUGGUGGACAGUUGGAACAAGAUGUUCAGACUGAGUUUUCAAGUUCGCCAAUAUGCCUAGUUUCUUCUUCACCUUUACCGACCACGGAUUCUCUAUGUAAUCAUAUGGAUUCUCGAAACACCUCUGGAAAUUUGUGCGAUGAUGGAAAUGAUGGCAUGUUGUCGAUAAAAUGCAGCGGUGCUGCCGAAUAUAACCAUGCGAUGAGUAGCAGUCAGGUGUUGCUUCACACUAAUAACAAUGUUUUACGUCGAUUGGUGGCAGAAGAACUGAAAAUUGGCGAACGUCGUCGGAUACUGUUUUGUGAAAGACCAGUAGGCAGUAUAUUGGGAAGAUCUCAAUCAUGCCCAUAUACCACUGAAGAAAUAUUCCCGUUACGAUUCCGAGAAUUUCGCAAGUCAAUACGGACACACAUUUUGUUGGUCUAUGAAUGGUUACGAAGUUGGCCAGAUUAUGAUUCUUUCACUAAGUUUGAUCAGAUAACAUUUUUGAGAAAAUGUGUAUUGUAUCAUACGAUUCUGGAUCCUUCUUAUAUAACGUUGCAAAUUGGUUAUCCGAGUCGAUUCGUGAUGCAGAAUGGUGGAUUCCUAGCAGUCCAUGAAAACUGCAAGGAAGGAUGGGAAGAUGAGAAAGAGAUUUCAAGCACGACAAAACAAAAGUAUUUUUAA